AUGGACUACGCCCAAUUCAAGGCUCUCCACAACGCCCACCCGCCCUUCUCCCCACUCAUCCCCGUUUCUCUGCUCCCCUGGCUUGCACUCAUUCUCCUCGCAGCCACAUUCUCCCUCACCUUCUACUUCUCGACACUACCCAAAAGCACCGUCCCGGUCAAGGAGCUGGGCGUCGCAUCCGCAGCCAGUAUCCUCGCAGGUUUUGGCGUCGUGGCCUUGUUCUGUACAGCAGGCGUAUACGUGUAG